UAUUCUGGUCGCUACUCGCUCUGUGUCUCUGUCCUCCUCUGCCUCGCCAGUCGCCACCGCCCACCAGACACCACACGGCCGCACCAGUCGCCGACUAGCAGCCGUUCGUUUCAACCGUACUCCUCUGCUUCAACCGUCGCCACACCAGUUGGAACGCUCCAGCCAACAUUCAAAUACUCAAAAUUUCGGAAUACUGAGAUGCUCCAAAGCUGAACUCAGCUUGUUUUCCAGUAGCACUUUGAACUGAUCCAAUUCCCUUAUCCUUCGUUGAAUCGGAGUCAUGAAUUUCACAACACUGUUUAGGAGGUUGAAUAUCAGAGAGUUGGUAUCAAAUGCACCAGUAUACAGUUCUGGUAGCGAUGCAUCUGGGGAGGGAUUGAGCUUAGUACUCCGGCGCUGGGCGACCAAAAAGACAGCGGGAUCCACAAAAAAUGGACGUGACUCAAAGCCCAAGAAUCUUGGAGUAAAGAAAUUCGGUGGAGAGAGGGUGAUCCCUGGAAAUAUCAUUGUUCGCCAAAGAGGAACCCGAUUUCAUCCCGGGGAUUACGUUGGAAUUGGUAAAGAUCACACCCUUUAUGCUUUAAAAGAAGGGUGUGUCAAGUUUGAGCGUAACAAGCUGACUGGACGUAAGUGGGUGCAUGUUGAGCCCAAAGAUGGUCAUGUACUUCACCCAAUAUAUUCGACUGCUGCAGAUCCCGAGCUGAAGACUGCUACUUAGAUUUUGCUUCCUCCAAUUUUAAAUCACUUAUCUCGAACUAUGGAGUAACCAUCUAUAAGUUUUGAAUUCUUGUUUCCAUUUAUUCAAGGCGCUAGAUACACUUUCUGUACUUCACUUGGCCUCUUUAUGACAGACAUUUUUGUUAGUAAUAAUAGUCAUCUUUUCUCUUUGGUUGCUA